AUAUACUAAUAGAAUCAACAGGAGAGUUUUAACGUUAAAAUUAAUUUUGAUGAAAUCUUCAAGUAUACAGUGAGUUUUAAAAUGGGAGAAAUCAAUAUCUUUUGAUAAAAAGAAAAUUCUUGCUGUUAUUGAUUUGUAAAUAACAUAAGCACAGGGAUAUUGUGUUACGUAAUCUGGAUUUCCUUACCAAAUUAGUAAAUUGAGUUCCCAAAUAAUCAGAAGUCUUCAAAUAAUUUAGAAACAGACGGUAAGUUCCAAAAGAUUUACUCAAAUCGGGUAAAAGUGUGUACAACCUAAAUGACAUUAUAAAACUAUAUUGAUUUUCUACUACCUGCAAACGUGACUGCAAAACUGCAAAAUUUUUUCAGGUGCGUUACUUAGGUAUGGGUAGUUCUCCGAGUCAGAUUCAACUACCAGAUAAUGUACAGAUCAUUUCAAGAAGUUCCGAUGGUUCGUCAAGCAGAUCUAAGGGAUUUAAAGAAGUAGAAAUUACUUCUAGCGAUAAAGGAUCUACUUCACAGGCAUCAAAUCGGCCGAAAACGUCAAAAUGGCAAUCUCAUCUUGACGAGGUAACGGACGGACAAGACUAUAAUGAAAUUCUGGCAAAGCACGGAGUAUCUCUCAAUGAAAAUUCAAAUGCAAAAGAUUAUCCAGAAGAUGAACUUGUUAUGGAAACUUUUUAUCAUAAUUCGGGAACUAGCUAUUCUUGUAUUUACCAAUCUGGACAGAGAUAUUAUCUCGAUUCUUGGGAAACUAUGGACUGGCAACCAUUUCCUAACGAAUGGUAUGAGGAAGGUGUACUUGUCACUGAACAAGAGCAGGCUCCAGGACAGGUUGCAGGAGGUAUGGGAGACGAUCGCGAGGGUAGCUUAGACCAUCCGGAUAGAGGAAAAUUAUCAACAUAUCUCUUCGAGGAAAGUCGAAAUGUUCACUACUGGUACGACGAUACUAGUGGAACGUGGAUAAAAAUGCCAUUAUCUUGGGAAUUAAGAUCGGAAAUAGUAAGCAAGCUGUUAAAUCCUGUAGAAGAAGCAGUACCUGAAUGGAAGGACAAACACGAUAUGCUGGCAGCGCUCAGAGCAAGUAAUUACGAUCCUCAUGAUACCAUAGCAACUUACAUGGCUGCGGGCGAAGCGGGUCAUAUUCAAGCUCUAAAAAAUGAUGAGGAUGCAAAGAUUCUCAAAGAAAAGGAAGGAAAAGUAAUAGAAUUAACAACGAAAUUUAAAAAAUUGAAACGACGAUACGAUAAACAAGGUCAAGAACUUGAAGAACAAAAAAAAGAACGAAAAAAUGCUGAAGACCUAAUUGCACAGUUACGUGACCGUGUUAGUACUUUGGAGGCGGAGAGAUCGUCAACUAUAGCUCAAUUAGAAGCUUUUCAACAAAGUUCGAAAGGUAGAAGAGGUUCUAUAAAAUCCGAGGCUGGCUUACAUCCUGAUGUGGCAAAGGCUUUGAAGAAAGUUGUUACCCAACUUCAUAAAGAACACGUUGAACUAAGAAUAGAGGCCGUAAGAAAUUUCCAGAAGAUGGAUGAAUUGAUAAAACAGGCAAGAGCUGGAUCUACAAAAUUAGCGUUAGCUAAUCAAGGAUCCAGUGAAGAAGUUGAUGAGCUUCGAGAUUUAUAUAGAAGAGAAUGUUUGCAAAGAAAGCUUCUAUAUAACAAAUUGCAGGAGAUGAGAGGAAAUAUUAGAGUAUUCUGUAGAUGCAGACAUGACGACAAUUCUUUGUGCUGUCUGGACUUUGGCAGAGACAACGAAAUUUCUACAGGUGGAAAGAAGCCGUAUUCUUUCGACAAAGUAUUUGAGCCGACCUCCAAACAAGAAGAAGUUUUUGAAGAAGCUAAACCGAUUAUUACUUCGUGUAUUGAUGGUUAUAAUGUAUGCAUAAUAGCUUAUGGGCAAACAGGAUCUGGUAAGACUUACACGAUGAUGGGUCCACCAGAGGAUCCUGGAGUCAAUGUACGCUCAGUUAAAGAAUUGUUAAAUAUUUGUUCUGAAAAGACUAGUGUUGAUUUUACAUUAAAAGCAUCCAUGAUGGAGAUUUAUAAUGAAACUGUUCAUGACCUUUUAUCAGAUGAUCUGCAACAAUUAGAAAUCCGCGCUAAAGGCAAUAAGAUUACUAUUCCAGGUUUAUCGGAAAUGUUUGUAGAAUCAAUGGAGGAUAUAGAACACAUAAUGGAUCUUGGAGAUCAGAAUAGAAGUGUUGCCAGUACCAAGAUGAAUUCUCACAGUUCAAGAUCACACUUGAUAUUUACUAUAACAAUUGAAGGUAGGGAUAAAGUUUCAGGGUCAGUGACCACAGGACAAUUGACCCUCUGCGACUUGGCUGGAUCAGAGAGAGUUUCCAAAACUGAGGCUACUGGUCAACGUCUAAUCGAAGCAGCUGCAAUAAACAAAUCAUUAACGUCCCUAGGACAAGUCUUUACAGCAUUGAGAAAUGGCCAACUUCACAUUCCUUAUCGAAAUUCUAAGCUAACUCACGUUUUACAACCGUGCUUGGGAGGGGACGCUAAAGCGUGUCUGUUUGUUACAGUUUCACCUGCAGAGAGGAAUUUAAGCGAAACAAACUCAACUAUGACCUUUGGCUCCAAUGCUCGCCAAGUUGCUUUAGGCGAGGCUAAACGAAACGUGAAGAAAGUUCCUGCAUCAAGUGCGUGGGGUUUGGAUAGCGAUAGCGAUUAG